CACUAUCGAGUAACAAGACUGGUCCCAAACGCGACGAACACGACUACUACGGUCAUUGAUCCAUUCGCAACCAGUUGUGCACCCUCGAUUGUCAAUUGUCCAGAUAGCAUUACGUUACAGGAUGACGUGCGUGUGCCAGCACACUUCAAUGAGGCUGGCUCCUGCUAGCGUGCGAAGUGGAAGAGCCGCUUGCUGUUCUGGUCGACAUCUGGAGCGGGAACCAAACCGAACUCUUGUCCGAACAGGAGCCCAAAUUGAUCCUAGGACAUCCACGCCAUCAGAAUCGACUACGAAACAAGACAGGAAAUGGCCUCGUGGACGAAGGCUGCCGAUGAGGGUCAUGAAACGGGACCUGCCAGCUGGGACUGGUGCUGGUGUCCAGUCCAGUCCAUGAUAGCCCGGCAUGGCAUGAGUCCUGUUUCUGAGCCUACUUUUCUCGUGCAGUACUCACGAGACCACUGUUCUUUCAUCAUGGAGACGCAUAGACACGAGAUUUUGAGCAACAAGCACGUUUUCUUAGCGCGAACGCAAGCGUUCAACGACAGCUCGGCCUGACUUGAGCAGCCAGAAAGACUACAUUCCUCGUAGGUCAUUCGCGCAA